AUGCCAAUCCUGGGCAAGUUCGAAGUACAAGUAUUUGUCGACGGCACUCGAGCGGAGGAGUUCGAUGAUGACGAAGAAGGGGUAGUCUUGCCCGGUAGGCGCCAGGAAACCACAAAGUACAUCGAGGCAGUCUCUGGAGCUUUCUUCGAAUUCAAAUUCUUCGCGGAAGCCAAUUACAAAUUCCUCUAUGACCAUGCGAUCAGCUUCGAUGUGUUCGUUGACGGCGAGCACAUCAUAGGGACAUAUAUGCAGGACGAGGAAUUUCGAGGCGCCACAGUUGCUGGGAGACGGGUAGAUGGAAGCUGCAGUGGCAGAUACUCCAUGGACUCUACCGGCUCGAAGCUUUACAAGUUCCAGUUCGCAGACCUCGAAACUAGUUCGGAGCCCGCAAAUGCAGCUUAUGAUGCCUUCUAA